AUGCCAAUUGGCGAGACAUCCCUGGUAAAGCUCCUAGCAACACUGAAGCCCACCCUCACCACACAUACGUUCGUCUUCGUCACACUCGCCCCGUCUAGUCCUAAGCUAUCUUCGCUUCUUCAAUCCUCAAUCAUGACCUUUCGCGAAAAUGAAGGCGUCACUCUUAUCCUUCCGGAGGACGUCGCGGCGGAGCAUCAGCUGCAUUACAUCUACCGAAGUCGACAGAUCAUUCUGGAUGUGCACUCGAGUCUCGAUGCUGUAGGCUUCAUGGCACACAUUGCUACGAAGCUGGCUGGCGAGGGCUUUAGUGUGAACCCGGUCAGCGCGUACUAUCACGAUCAUCUGUUUGUCAAAGCCGAUGAUGCUGAGGCUGUCAUGAAGGUUCUGCGAAGGAUCAGGCGGACGCUCGCGGCGACUCUGAAGCUGAUGGGUGAGGAAUAUAGAGGAGGUAGCAGCGUGGAUCCGCUUCAUGUAAUGGGAAUGUGCGCUGAGACUCAAGAAGCCCUCCUCGCAAUUGGCGUCAAUCUGAUGUUCGAUCCCAACGUCGCCAACGGUUCAGGGGAAGCAGACGACAUCAUUUGGCGCAAGCGCGCCAAAGACUACAGGCAAACAUUGACACUCAACGGACGGCUGUAUCCCUUCUACACCGUGCCUAACACUAUCCGUAUGGAUCGAAGUGGAGACGACUCGCUUGAAGUCGAGGCACGUUUCUUCUCCACUUCUACUGGACAAUUCUUCCAAGCAUACCAGUACUUCAGCCCUUUAGCUGAUGACUUCUGGGACCGUUUGACAAGUCCCCAUUGCGCAGCCGGGCUUCAUCGUGGGGACUUGGGCCUGGGGCGGAGGCUCGUGACGUUUGAUCUACUGGAUGCAACAAUAAUGUCUCAUAUACGCUUCAUUCAGUGGACGCGUGAUCUUGGAGCGUGGAAGCCACCGGAAUAUUCUAACGGAGUGCCUGAGAAAGAGACACCAUUAGUCGGGGACCUCGAGCUGAUCUCUGACUUCUCGAAGGCGGUUCGAGAUCUCGUGCAGUCUAGUGAGCUGUGCGUCGAGUCUAUCGAGCUUGCAGCAAAGUUUGACGAUCAAUGUCGCCGUAGCUUCGACGAGCUGAAGCUCCGAAGCAAGAAUCGAAGAGCUGUACUUAAGAAUACCAUGGAAGACCUGAAGUCCGACAUGGACGCGUUCAUCCUUCGCGGCAACAAUCUGCUGGAUAAGAGGCAGGCUACGUCACUCAAGUUGCUGACGCUCGUAGCAUCUAUCUUCCUCCCGUUGACGAUGGCCUGCUCCCUUUUGAGUAUGUCGACACGUUUCAACGUACUUGGACCCCUGUUGUGGGAUUGGGCUGGUAUAGUGAUCACACUGGGCACCAUCGUCUUGAUUGCAUUUCGAAUGAGCCUGUACAUGCAAAAGCUGAAGCAUGAGCCAGCCUCGUUGCGUAUGAGACGAACCGUCGAGGAGGAAUUCAGGCGAGCAAAGGCAAAGGCGCUAUCGACGGAUAAAAAGACUAGGGCUUUCCGCCAGACUCACUUGAUUCCCUGGACGUCGCGGUUUCUAUUCCGACUGACAUCUUACCUGUUUAUUGCCGCUGCCAUAGGAUCGUUCCUCGUGGGAAUGUUUGCUGAUCACGGCAAUGUUGGCCUCGGCGCGAGGUCUCUCGGGUUCUCUGCAGCAGGAGCUGUUGGCUUCUUGCUCCUUGGCUUCCUGGUCUAUAGGUUGACCAGAUGGCUGGUGGUGGAUAAGCUGUGGGAAGCACACGUACGCAAAGCCAGAGAACGCAAAAACAACAACAAGAGACCCCACGAGUCCGACUCAAAUUUAGGGUCGGGCGAGGCUUCUAUGGCUGAUGUUAACUCCUCACUCCGCAAUUCGACGGACGAAGAAGCUGCGACCGGUUCGGCGCCUUUUCCAGAUCAGGCAACCAACAACAGCGCAACAGACAAGCACGAUAAGAAGGAAUCCUUUCGGCGACGGUUCGCCAAAUUCUUCAUCAAGAGUCUGAUCAUCGCCAUCACGAGGCCCUUGACCUUGGUCGUCCUACCGGGAAUUUCCAUGGUGAUCAGCUUCUUCUUCGGACCGCUCAUCUUGAAGGUGCUUAUCCAUGUGGCCCUGAAGCUCAUCCAACUAGCUAUUCCGGACGACCGAAACAGUUCGUUGUGGAACAUAGGAAUUGAUCUAGUACUCAGGGGCAUCAGAAGGGAAUAUGGAAAUCCAGACGAACCAUUGUUCGAUGAAACGGAUGACGAGGGCGGGAGCAAUGGCGGAGAGGAAAGGAGAGGGAGGUCCAGCGCAGACCGUGGACCUGAAAGUACAAGUCGCUCGAGAUCAGGCGGCCGGCAGCAAGACACAGCGGUCGCCCAGAACGGGCCUGAGACGGUGCAGGCAGAGAAGACUACUGCCAGACCGGCCAGUACAUGGAGUCCUGCGCAGGUUUACUACUCCAACGCUGCACAAUCGAGCACUGAUAUCAGGCGGACGAUUACGAACGCUUCUCUCCAGCCGAGACCGCCGGCACGUGCACAGACCGGUCCGCUGACUGGUGCCACGAUAGAUAGCAGAGAGCUCGGGAAGGUCAACACAUCGCUGAAUGCGCUGCUUAUGCAGAGGGGAAGGCACCCGUUAUGA